UCUGAAUGCACAGCCCGAGGCGCCAUGCUGAAAACAACCCUCCCCUUCCUCAGAGCACCUCUCUCAGUGGUCCAUCCCCAGGACCCUCACCACUCCUCAGAGAAGCCUGUCAUUCAUUGCCACAAAUGCGGGGAGCCAUGCAAGGGCGAAGUGCUUCGGGUCCAGACCAAGCAUUUCCACAUCAAAUGUUUCACCUGCAAAGUGUGCGGCUGCGACCUGGCCCAGGGAGGCUUCUUCAUAAAGAGCGGGGACUAUCUGUGCACUCUGGACUACCAGAGGAUGUUCGGGACCCGGUGCCACGGCUGUGGGGAGUUCGUGGAGGGCGAGGUGGUCACAGCCCUGGGCAAGACCUACCAUCCCAGCUGCUUUGCCUGUACCAUCUGCAAGCGCCCGUUCCCACCCGGAGACCGAGUCACCUUCAAUGGGAGAGACUGCCUUUGUCAGCUCUGUGCACAGCCUAUGUCUUCCAGCCCUAAAGAAGCCACCUGCUCCAGCAACUGCGCUGGCUGUGGAAGGGACAUUAAGAACGGGCAGGCCUUGCUGGCUCUGGACAAGCAGUGGCAUUUGGGCUGCUUCAAGUGCAAGUCCUGUGGGAAGGUCCUCACCGGCGAAUACAUCAGCAAGGAUGGCUCCCCAUACUGUGAGAAGGACUACCAGGGUCUCUUCGGAGUCAAGUGUGAGGCCUGUCAGCAGUUUAUCACAGGAAAAGUCCUGGAGGCAGGGGACAAGCAUUACCACCCCAGCUGCGCGCGAUGCAGCAGAUGCAACCAGAUGUUCACAGAAGGGGAGGAGAUGUACCUGCAAGGUUCUACCGUGUGGCAUCCCGACUGUAAGCAGUCCACGAGGACAGAGGAGAGGCUAAGGCCCACCAGGACCUCCUCUGAGAGUAUUUACUCUAGACCAGGCUCCAGCAUCCCUGGCUCGCCAGGCCACACCAUCUACGCAAAAGUUGACAAUGAGAUCCUGGAUUACAAGGAUUUAGCAGCCAUCCCCAAGGUCAAGGCAAUCUAUGACAUUGAACGCCCAGAUCUCAUUACAUACGAGCCUUUCUACACAUCAGGCUAUGAGGACAAGCAGGAGAGACAGAGCCUUGGAGAGUCUCCGAGGACUUUGUCUCCCACUCCAUCUGCAGAAGGCUGCCAGGAUGUCCGGGAUCGGAUGAUCCACAGGUCCACCAGCCAGGGCUCCAUCAGUUCCCCGGUGUACAGCCGCCACAGCUACGCCCCGACCACGUCCCGCUCACCCCAGCAUUUCCACCGCCCCGGCAACGAGCCGUCCAGCGGCCGGAACUCCCCUCUCCCUUACCGACCCGACAGCCGCCCUCUAACUCCAACUUAUGCUCAGGCCCCCAAACAUUUCCAUGUUCCAGAUCAAGGGAUCAACAUUUACCGAAAGCCACCCAUCUACAGACAGCAUGAUGCAGCUGCCUUGGCAGCCCAGAGCAAGGCUUCAGAAGAAAUCAUCAAGUUUUCCAAGUUCCCUGCAGCCCAGGCGCCAGAUCCCAGCGAGAUUCCAAAGAUUGAGACGGACCAAUGGCCCGGCCCCCCCUCCCUUGCCGCCGUAGGAACGGACAUGAGGCGCAGAUCUAAUGGCAGAGAGGAAGAUGAGGAGGAGCUUCUGAGACGCCGGCAGCUUCACGAAGAGCAAUUGAUGAAGCUCAACUCGGGCCUGGGGCAGCUGAUUCUGAAGGAAGAGAUGGAGAAGGAGAGCAGAGAAAGAGCGUCCCUGCUGGCCAGUCGCUAUGACUCGCCCCUGCACUCAGCUUCGUGUGCUCCUUCCUCGAAAACCUCAUCUCUCCCCGGUUAUGGAAAGAAUGGCCUUCACCGGCCCGUUUCCACAGACUUCGCUCAGUACAACAGCUACGGAGACGUGAGCGGCGGAGUCCGGGACUACCAGACCCUCCCAGAUGGCCACAUGCCAGCAAUGAGAAUGGAUAGAGGCGUGUCCAUGCCCAACAUGCUGGAACCAAAGAUAUUUCCAUAUGAAAUGCUCAUGGUGACCAACAGAGGGCGCAACAAAAUCCUAAGAGAUGUGGAUAGAACCCGACUGGAGCGCCACUUAGCCCCAGAAGUAUUUUGGGAAAUCUUUGGGAUGUCCAUACAGGAAUUUGACAAGUUACCUCUUUGGAGACGCAACGACAUGAAGAAAAAAGCUAAGCUCUUUUAAUUCCCUCAAGUGAACGGCAAUCGGAAAGAGGACUCAGCGGCAGUGCUGCCUAGAACAUUGUGCUAAGGCCCAGAACCGAUUAGAGAAUUUACUCACCACCGUCUCCCUGGAGCAACACGAGGGCAAAUCUGAUCUCCGUGCCGUGAACCGCAUCCUGGGCCAAGCAACAAUGGGAUAGGACUUUCUGUGUUCCCAGACUCAGCAGUAAUGUCCACGCGUGGCCUGUUCAUGUCACUUUGUGUCCACACAGGGUCUUCUUUCUCCUUUUCAUUUUCCCCUUUAACUGAUGUCUAACUGCGUGCUGCCUGUACUGGGGAGAGUCAGCAAGUGCCCUUAGGAAGCCGCACGGGAGAGGGAUGACUGGGCGUCCUGAAGAGCAGUCUAUUUAUUACCUAUCACUGUGGCUGAGGAGGCUCCAGGGGCCGCAGCGACCUGGUGGCAGCAGCUCGGCCUUUCCCUGGCAGCCUCCCUCGGGUGUGCCUGGGCUCUGGGGGAAUGAAUCACCAUCAGGGAGCAGGUAGCUCCAAGUGCAUGGCUGAGAACCAGCAAAAAUGAUUUAAAUAAGCACGUGUUCUCUUCCUGUAUGCUGGGACCUGGCUGGCCAACUGCUAGGGGGAAAAAUUAAAGAGAAAGGAAAAGGAAAAAGGAAUGAAGGAAGCCCUCCCUGAACGCUUUUUCUGCUUAGGAUGAUGUGUCCCUACAAACUGACAGGAGCUGGUGUGCUCACCCUUGCAAAGACAGGAAAGGCAAAAAGAGCUUCCAGACUGGUCCAGCUGCUGGUAGGUGAUGUUGGUUCAUGAGUCAUGACUCUCUUAGAGAAAGUCUGUGCCUGGCCGCCACCACAGGUGUGCCCUCAGGGUCCCCCGCCAUCUGUCUGGCGAGGGGUCAGGUCAAGCCCACACUGAUUUUGUGUUUUAAGGGCGUAGACUGAAGGAUGACAUGUUCUUCCUCGGAUCUACAACCCUGAAGUAGACAGCAUCACACAGAGCCCUCGUGGCCUGGUUUAGUUUCCUUCUUGCCUAGCCUAACGUGUUCACUUGAGUGUGUAACUCACCUAGGACGGUUCUAUGGGUCAAUAUGUGCUUUGUAAUUUCUGCUUGAAUGCUGGCCACACUGUGCGGUGGCUUUAAAGGGGCGUUUGCACAAGAGCGUGUAACCAAAAAUCAAGAGUGAGGCUCAGGGGUGCUCAGCACAUCCCGGGGGCUGGAGAGACUCACGCUGGGUUCAGACUGCGGAAGUAAGGCCACGCUAGGUCAGGGCUCAGAACUUCUCACCAGACCCCUUCCACACCAGUCUCCCAGGCCCAUGUGCAGAUCUGUCAGGUAACAGGAGGGCUGCCGUGCUGGCCUGGAUAGAUGGGUCCCACUCCUCGUGAGACAGAUUGCAAAAGUGGGUUUCUCCCACUGGCCCUGCCCGGCACUGGCGGCCUCCCAGCACGAGGUCUGUGCCACCUGCUUCUCAGGUUACCCUGGCAGCGAGCAGGAUGGGGAGAGAGGAACAGUCGGCAGAGCUGGUGGCCUAGUGGAAGGCUUUAUUUACGCAGUAGGGAAAUAAAUGUUAUUACUCCCAGUUGUGCUGGUGAGAAAAACCAAAGCGUUCAGGAGACAGGUCAUUGCUAAGAUUCCGUGCCUGCUCUCCAUACAGUUAAUGUGGCUCUAUCUUGACAUGGGAAAAUUCAGCUGAAAUGGGGGACAGUCUUUAUGUUGCAGAGGGCCUUGAGUGGGUUAAAGGACAUGCCUAGGAUUGCAAUAAUUGAAGAACUGAACUCUUAAAUUCUUGCAAUAACAAAACUCUGCUUUCUUGACCAUUUGAACUCAGUUCUCCAUCUAAAUUGCAAACAAAGUUUGCAUUCCACAUCAGUGCAGUUGUUCAUUUAAACUGUAUCAUGCAAAAAUGUACUGCUAGGAAACCCUGUAAGGGCCCUGCUGCUCUGGGGGAGGACUGUCCUGCCCAGAGCCUCACUCUGUUCCCUGGCAGAAGAUUCCAGCCAGAAGGGCGCGCUGACGAAGGGCUGGUUCUAACUGCCAGACCCAGCGUCUAUGACAUUAAGAACUCUACAGGAUUGGCAUGCCCAGAGCCUAGCACAGGAGAGGUGUGUGCCUCACUUUACCGACCCAGUGGUUGAAAAGCAAAGCAGCUUGCUCCCCCGGGGGAUUCUGUGGAUGGCAGACUUGGUGCGUACAUUAAGGGCUCUACUUUUUAGCAUUUGACUUCUGUGUGACUUGAUACAGAUUGCAUGGCCUAGAAGAGGCUUCCAGGGCCACCUGGUCGUCUCAGUGCUUCCUUCAAAACCCCUCCUGGAGAGUCCAGGCUCUCAAGUUGUCUUCCUGUGCAACCUAUUAGGGAUGUGAAAAGCCUUUGAAAACAGCUAGCUCUGCACUUUCAUACUCACGUGGAGUUUGUCAUGAAAUAUUUUUAAUAUCACUCCUUUGACAACUAAAUAUGAACUGCCUGUUCUCCGGAACCUCAGAGAGAAAAGCUGGAGUAAAUAGGAACUAAGGUGCAAAAACAGGGAGAGAGGAUAGUUUUCUAUCUGUCCUGUCCUCUGUUCUCCCAAGUCCUGAUUCUGUUGCCUCCAGCCCAAGCCUCCUCUCUCCCAGGGCACCUGCCUUUGUCAUUUCCAUCUGUCUACUGUGGGUUACCUCCAUUACGGGGAACCUCAGCUGGUGAUGUUUCUAAAACAGGCAUCUUUUCUAGUGAUUGCUUUCCAUGAUUCUGUCAAACGUGUCCACUUUUGCAAGUUUAAAAGAAUUCAAAUUAACCUCUUUUGAGUCUUUGUUAAAAAAGAAAAUAUCUCAAGCAAACUUGGAGUGACACCCAGGGCGUGUUGCAGGAGCGGGCGGGGCCCCAGGCCGUGUGCUCCAUGAACUCUGGCUGGGAAAGAAUUUCUGGUAACUGUCAAUCUGUGCUUUCUGUGCCCACCUCCAUUCUGAGUUUCGUUCUUUUUCUUCUUUAGAAAAAGCAAGGCUUUAUACACUUCAAAUUCACUCUUUUGUGCCCCUUUAAGAACUUUCUACCCAGAAAAAGAUGGUCGGGGCUUUGGGUUUGCAGUUAUGUGUCUUCCAGGGGUAACACACAGGGAACGGCACCCCUCUGCUGGAACAGGACAAACAGGCCUUCAGCAUCUGCAAGAUUACUGUUUCCAUUUUCUACCCGUGGAGCAGAGGGCGAUGGUGACAAACGGACGGGAGAUGGCUUCCACUUGCCUGUGUUUAGUGUAAAAGCUCACCAAGGAAGGGACUGCCUCAAGGGGACACUCUCAGCAGCGACUGUGCUCAACAAAGUCAACAAAGCCAGCCUGUUCUCCCCAGGCUUGAUGUCAUCGAGUGGCAGUCAUUACCAAUUCUGUCCUGCAUCUCUCCCAAGAGCGGCAGCGAGCCACUUCCCAGGGUGAAAGAGGGAGAGACAUAAGUCUGCAUGCAUCAUGUUCAGAAAGGUUCUGAUGGACAUGCAAAUAUUUUACCUUAUGGAAGAGGAGACAGUUGUCCGAUGAAUUGAUGUUUGGGGGGCUGGGAGGGUUUGUACAGAUGUGUCUGGUGGUAAAUGUAGGCGGUUUCCGAGAGACGCCAAAGCCCCUGAAUUGAAUCUCUUCUAAGUAUGGUCACUGGGAUCACUGUCAUCUCAUGAAAGGCCUGCGCACCCUCCCUGCCUUCCCUUCCCUUGUGAUAUGAAAGCAAAUGUUCAGAAGUCUUUGCGAAGCUGUGUCGUGUUCCCUGUGGAAUCCAGUCGGUGUGUGUCUGCCUGAGCACCCGGUGCUUGGGCGUGGAGGAGGGCUGGACCUGCAGGCCCCUGGCCACGGAGCUCCCCCAGCUGCCCUGCACCCGGUUGCAGGCAGCACACAGUGCCCUCCUUCACCUCUGUACUCGGCUCCGUGAAUAAAGUGACGCGAUUCCUCCCUGA